UCUUGGUGCUAACUCUCGAUUGGCCAAAGCCUGUUUUGUGCUCGACCGCAAGGAUUUCAUAACAACAACUAACUGGUGUUGAGCGGCGACCAAAUUAGUCACUCUCGGCAAACAUGUCGAUCGACCUGGCCGCUCUGCUGCUCAGCUCCGUCCUUCUCGCGACCAAAUGCGCUCAGUCUCUUGCGCCCGUCUCCACUGGCAAACUGCCGCGGGAGCAGCUCAAUAACUUCGAGCCGCAGUGCAGUGUUCCGGUGAUCGACGGGACGACCUACUCCGAGUGCACUCCAUACCCUCCGGACAGGAAGUUGUGGCCGUCGCACUGGGCCCACUGCAAGUGCAAGUCUUGCCCCAACAAUUUGUCCACGAUUUUGCUGUGCGGCCAGGACGGCUUGUGGUACCGACAUCCCGACGAGAAAAAACCAGCCUGUGAGAAAUGUAAUGAGUGUCUGACCGACGUAAUGAGAGACGAGUAUAUGUGUCCCAAAACUUGGCAAGCUGGCGAAAGCAAAUGGUGUCCCUGCAGACACGACUGCCUCGACUAUUCUGUCAGCUGCACCCACUCGUUUUUCUGGGCGUACAAAAUGAGGAAAACCACGACCAACGACUUCGUUGAGUGCAAUGCUCGUUCCAAGACAGUGUUUCUCGAUGACGAUGAAAUUAAAAUUUAUAAAUUUAAGAACGGACUGGUCACCGUCAGCUGCAGAGAUGGGUAUGUGCUUGAGGGAGAGCAAAAUUUCGAGUGUAACAAGGGCGUGUUAAAUGGAACUCUGCCCAAUUGCACUAGACACUGAUUUUCCUGAUUUUAUAAGGUUGUAUAUGGCUAUUAAAAUAUCAAGAGAAACGUUAUUAACAUGGAAUUUCUAACAAGAAAAAACACAAUAAUAAAUUGAAUUUGGUUAAAUUGAUAUCUCUGUAUGAUUUCAAGCUAAUUUUAAUAUUAAAUUUUGUCAUAACAACA